ACACCACAAGAAAGUGAACGUUGUUUUGAAUAAGACUGAUUUGACGGAUCAGACUGAACUUGAAGCGUAGUGUCAGGGUCCCUUUCCCUCUAAAUUUAUUUGGUCAAAUCAAGGUUAAAGAAACAAGUUUUAUACAAAUUUUAGUUCAACUUAGCAGUUAUUAUGUGUUAAGAAGAAUUUUAACAUAUCAUCUCCCUAAUUACCAAUUCUAUAUAAGUAAAGUAUCGUGUUUUAAAUUUUUUGUCUGCUUUAUUUGAAAUAAAUUUAUAAACAUGUCUGAGCCAAAGAAAACUAUGCCAAACUAUAUUAAAUUUGUUUUUGGUGGAUGUUCUGGUAUGGCAGCAACAUUGUUUGUCCAGCCCUUGGAUCUGGUCAAAAAUAGGAUGCAGCUUAGUGGAGCCGAUGGUGGCAAGAAGGAGUACAAAACCAGUUUCCAUGCUUUCCGUGGAAUUCUUCAGAAAGAGGGUGUAGUUGGAAUAUACUCUGGCCUAUCGGCUGGGCUCUUGCGGCAGGCAACCUACACCACCACUCGGCUCGGAGUCUACACGUACCUGUUCUCCAAGGCAACCGGAUCUGAUGGCACUCCGCCUGGAUUUGCAGUAAAGGCAGGACUAGGAAUGGUGGCAGGGGCUUGUGGGGCAUUCGUGGGUACACCUGCUGAGGUCGCCCUGGUGCGUAUGACCGCAGAUGGCAGACUACCAGUGGAGCAGCGUAGGAACUACUCCAACGUGUUCAACGCUCUGAUACGUAUCAUGCAAGAGGAAGGACUGCUUGUGUUGUGGCGUGGAGCCAUCCCGACGAUGGGGCGAGCGAUGGUUGUCAACGCAGCUCAGCUGGCAUCGUACUCACAAGCGAAGCAAUUGCUCAUGUCCACCGGCUACUUUAAAGAAAACAUCUUCCUCCAUUUUUGCAGCAGUAUGAUAUCUGGCCUUAUCACCACAGCUGCGUCAAUGCCUGUCGACAUUGCCAAAACAAGGAUCCAGAACAUGAAGAUGAUAAAUGGCAAGCCUGAGUAUACGGGAGCCGUGGAUGUCUUGACGAAGGUGGUCAAGAACGAAGGCUUCUUUGCUCUGUGGAAGGGCUUCACCCCGUACUACGCUAGGCUGGGGCCACACACUGUUCUCACAUUCAUAUUCUUGGAACAGCUCAACACGUCCUACAACAAGUAUGUUCUCGGGGACACCUCCGGAAAGGGAUCAGGACUGUAGUUUCUCUCAAGAAAUAGUAAACAACAAUAAAUUAAGUCUGGUAUUAACUAGAGUUUGGGUUGACUAUUCACUUCGCGUUAAAACAAGCUUUGUUGGUUCAGUAAAACUGAUUCAUUUGUUUAAUGACUUUAUAUAAACAAUAUAAGUACACAAACGGCUUUGUUUCCAUUGAUAGUUUCCAGUAUAAGUCAGUA